GCAGGGGGGUGCCGGGUAACGCCAUUUUCGCGUACUGUGCAGUUAGUCAUUCAGCCAGCUACAGCACUGAGGAGCUGUCAUCUCCAUGGGGGACUAAUGAACUUUUUAUUCUGCCCCAUGAAGCCCUUGUCAGGCUAGUUUGACGGAGCAGUUCUUGUCAUGGAAGCAGCGGAAAAUACUCGCUUCUCUUGAACGGCUGACUGAAAUCGCUGUUUUGACAGAUAGCUAGGUGAUUAGCUAUGUAGCUAGCUGGUCAACAUUAACGAGGUUGAUGCAGUGAAGCCCGGCGUCAGAAGGCAAAACACAUCAUAGCAGACAAAGACAGUGUGAAAAUUGUGUUUUUUUUUUUACUUCUAUAUAUUUCUUACGCUUCUUUUACACUCUACACGGGCUGUCGGCCAAAAUAAAAAAUCCCAUUUAGAAAAGACGUGAUUUAAAAGGGGAAGAGGAACAUUGAAGUCGAGCUACAUUGGCAACGGAUGUCCCAGAGAACGGAUGCGUGAGGACAUGUCCACCAUGGUGUGUGUGAAGGAGGAGGAGGAUCCUGGGGAGAAGCUGUCCCAGGAUGAGAUCAUUUCCCGGACCAAGCAGGUGAUUCAAGGAUUGGAGGCCCUGAAGCAAGAGCACCACUCCAUCCUGGACGGCCUUCUGGGCACGUUGCGCUGCCUGAAGCAGGAUGAGGAGGGCGUUCUCGUGGAGGAAAAAUCGCACAUGAUCCGCAAGUCCCUGGAGAUGCUGGAACUUGGGCUCAGCGAGGCUCAAGUGAUGAUGGCGCUUUCAAACCACCUGAGCUCAGUUGAGUCUGAGAAGCAGAAGCUGAGGGUACAGGUACGGCGACUCUGCCAGGAGAACCAGUGGCUGAGGGACGAGCUGGCCGGGACACAGCAGAAACUGCAGAAGAGCGAGCAGAGCGUGGCUCAGCUGGAGGAGGAAAAGAAGCACCUGGAGUUUAUGAACCAGCUGAAGAAGUACGACGAGGACUUGUCCCCCUCUGAAGAAAAGGAUUCAGACUCUACCAAAGAGACUUUGGAUGAUCUCUUCCCAGAUGAUCAGGAUGAUCAAGCCCCAGGCAUCCAGGCAGCCCACAGCAGCGCUGCAGCAGCUGCUGCUCAGCAGGGAGGAUACGAGAUUCCUGCUCGACUGAGGACCCUCCACAACCUGGUGAUCCAGUAUGCGUCUCAGGGCAGGUAUGAGGUGGCUGUGCCUCUCUGCAAACAGGCUCUGGAAGACCUGGAAAAGACUUCAGGACACGACCACCCAGAUGUGGCCACAAUGCUUAAUAUCUUAGCCCUUGUUUACAGGGAUCAGAACAAAUAUAAGGAGGCUGCCAACCUGCUGAAUGACGCUCUGGCCAUCAGGGAGAAGACACUUGGCAGGGACCAUCCAGCUGUUGCUGCAACUCUCAAUAACCUGGCUGUCCUGUAUGGGAAGAGAGGGAAGUACAAGGAAGCAGAGCCUCUGUGCAAGAGAGCGCUGGAGAUCAGAGAAAAGGUGUUGGGCAAGGACCACCCAGAUGUGGCCAAGCAGCUAAACAACCUGGCCCUGCUGUGUCAGAACCAGGGCAAGUAUGAGGAGGUGGAGUACUACUACAUGAGAGCCCUGGAGAUCUACCAGACCAAACUGGGCCCAGAUGACCCCAACGUGGCCAAGACCAAGAACAACUUGGCAUCCUGUUACCUGAAGCAGGGCAAGUUCAAGCAGGCUGAGACCCUGUAUAAAGAAAUCCUAACCCGCGCUCAUGAACGGGAGUUUGGCUCUGUUGAUGAUGAGAACAAACCAAUCUGGAUGCAUGCUGAGGAGAGAGAGGAGCAAAGCAAGGGGAAGCAGAAAGACGGUUCACCAUUUGGAGAGUAUGGAGGCUGGUACAAAGCCUGUAAAGUCGACAGCCCCACAGUUACCACCACCCUGAAAAACCUUGGUGCCCUCUACAGGCGGCAGGGCAAGUUAGAGGCAGCUGGGACCCUGGAGGAAGCUGCGAUGCGUUCCAGAAAGCAGGACACGGUGAAGUAUGAGAGCGGGCCAGACGGCGGCGAGGAAGUGAGUAUGAGCGUGGAAUGGAACGGGGAUGGCUCCGGCUCUCUGAAGAGGAGCGGAUCCUUCAGUAAACUACGAGCGUCAAUCCGCCGCAGCAGCGAGAAACUCGUUCGCAAGCUGAAAGGCGGCGGCUCGUCCCGAGACAGCGAGCCCAAAAACCCCGGCAUGAAGCGAGCCAGCUCUAUGGGGAUACUUAACGUGGCGGACAAGGCUGCAAAUGACCACUACCAAGAACGAAAUAAUUGUCUGAGAAAAAGCCGUGACCUGAGUGCCAGCCACACUAACCUGGCGCGUUGAAGGUUUUUCACUCUGAGGAGGUGAAAGGUCACAGAGAACUGAACUGAACCUCUGACCACCCUCGAUGUAAAUAGCUGUUUGUGAAAGCUUGACAUCUCCCGUAUUCUACUUCAGCAUCCUCCCAUCAUGUGCUAACUAUACAGAUUUUAGUCUUUCAUUGCACUCUUGAAGGUUUAUGAUCUCAGAUGGUAAUUUGUGGUAUGUAUUUAUAUCAGUACAUAUCAGGAGGGGGGUGGGCUGCUGUAUGUUUCCUUGUUCCAGUCUAAUUCUAUGUGCAUGUACUGUAUGUAAGUGUGUGCUGUUGUGAGUGGCUGCCCUCUCAGAUUACAGUUUAAUUUUUUUGUUUUUUCCUAUACUAGUGGUGGUAAAAGCAGGCGCAGAGCGGAGUUUUAAUUUUAAAAUCAUUUCUAAUGUGAGGCUAAAAACUGCAGUGGAUGAAGCCAGUAGGCAGUCUUAAAUGACAGAGAGGAGCUCAGUCAUUGUUUAGCUAUACCCUAACAAUAACUAUAACAGUGAUUUAAAUAUCGCUACUGCUAAAUUUGCUGCUAUGGUAGGAGUAAACGGCAACCUCUGGACCUGGAAAGGGUCAGUGAGGGACCAACACCCACAAUUCAUCAUCCAAAUCAACUAAAUCUCCAUAACCACCCAUUUUAUGAAAAGCCCAGCUUCACAGCAGAGACAAGCGUGUUUUGGUCUUUAUAGAUCAUCUCUAUCUGCAUGCAGCUUCAAAGAGUGCAUGUUUUCUAUAUAUAUAAAAGUUACCUGUUCACUCUUUCUAAGGUUUAAACCUAUGCAUAGCAAAAACCCCCAAAAAGAUUUAAAAGUGGAUACAAUUGAAUCUUAUUUAAAGUUGUUUUGUUUGAGCCUGUUUUUGCUAGCAUCUCUUUUGAAAUGACCACUAGCCAGCUGUCUAGCUUUAUCUGAUCAUUUUCCAGGUGUGCCGUUUUUUACCCAAGUAUGUUUUGAAAAAGGAAAAUAGAAGAUUGUGAAGGACAGAAUGCUGAACCCGAGGCUUCACAGCCAUAGUCAGCAAACCAGUCGUUUAAAUCACUAUCGCUAUGUUCAUCUUUUAGAUAAAGCUGCACUGAAUUUCACUUUACUUUGCAAAAAGCUUUCAGAUGCUUCAUUAAUGAUUUGCUGCUCUGCUGAAACAUGUUUGUCUUCACUGGUACCGAUCAUUAAAACAACAAAGACCUACGAUUUAGCUCAUGAAUCACAGUGUUGAUGAUUUGACACCAUUUUCUUUAUAUUUGGUUGUGUGCUGAAUUCUAACUCUGCCAAUAAGAACAGUUCUACUUCCUAAGACUCUUCACUCUUUGUUCUGCGGAUUUCCAAAUGAAGUUGUGCACAGGGUGUAGAUUAGUUGAGAAAAUCUCCUGAUGUGUAUGAAUCUCAGCAGCUGUAGUUCACAAAAACAUGGAAACCUGUCCAGGGAUCUUUCAGCUGCCUCUUCCUAAAAAUGAUCCGUCCUGUGUUGAUUGAUUGAAUAUUUAGCUUUUGAUGUGUGAAGUUCCAUGUUUACAUGAUUUGGGGUUUGUAAAUUAUGUUUUUAUUUGUUUCUGUCUUUGCGCUGUUUCUUUUUAUAUCGUUCUGUAAUAAGUCUUGAGAGCAGGAUCCGUGAAUUGACUAGCACGCGAAGGCUGGCCCGCACACUCUCAGGACUGAGGCUGUACUUCCACACUGACUACAAACUUAAUGUCACUCCAGACUUUUUAAGUAAUGACGGGAGAAAUGUUUGCAGGACUUUCAAUGACGAGACAAAACUUUGCCAUGUGAGUGAAGUUGAACCAAAAAGUGGAAAAAAGUUUAAUGUACAUUUUUUGAAGUGAUUUAAAUUUCCAGUUAAAUAUAGAGCUAUCCAACAUAAUCCUGGUAUGAAUACUAAAGGACUUAUCAUUAAAAAAAAUUUAAACAAUUUCUGUUUUUAAAUGUACGAGUUGACUUGUGAUUGUUCUAAGAGUUCAUCUCAAGAUUAAACGUUUCCUUUUACUGCCCUUUUGAUAACUUUAUGUUAAAUGAAGGUAACUAUGCGUACAUGCUCACUUCUUUAAAAGGAAGCUACAUAAUAUUUAGCAUAUUUAAUGUCCUUUACUGGUGGUAAGCUUGAACUGAAAGAACAUACAGCAGGUUAAAUGAUGAUGAAGUGCCUUGUUUAAGAGAUUCCCAGAGAUGGGAUAUUUUGUGUGGAGAGUCUCUUCUGUUUGAGCUGGGCUGUGUAUUUACAUUUCUUUUCAUUUCAGACACACAUGAAUGCGCAUGAUGUCCAUUUAUGGAGAAGUACGCUGCUACAAAAUAUAUUUUCUAUAUAGAUUGAAGUUAUGGAAAUAAUGAAAAUCAAAAAUGCCCAUGCAAUAGACUGCAGCUGAGUCCAUUUGUUUAUACUGCCUUAGGCAUAUAGAUACAUUAUAGAUGUAUAUUUUUACAGGAACACAGAAGCCUGAAAUGUUAGAAUUUUGUCUAAACGCACCUAAACAGCCUUACCAACUGCACGACCUUUGUGUGCAUGUCUUCGAAUUUAAAGUCUUUAAAUUAGAUUCGAGCAAAGAUUAUACAGACUAGAUUAGAAGAUUAGACAUUUGGUGAGAGAUCCUGAGCCAGCUUUUAACAAUAACAUUCAAGAUUAAAUUAAACGCAAUGAACUUCACAUUGGACAAAUUCAGUACAAUGUGAUCUAGAAGAAGGCGUUACAGUAACAUAUAUACAAAGAUGCGCAUACAAAGGAUUGAUGAGAAAAGCUCAAACAGAUGAAACAGCACAAAAAAAUAGAAUAAAGCCUCCAUAUCAGCCUAGGGAUGAUCACAGUGGUCUGUUUAAUAAAUGCACUAAUGAUAGAGAAGUCUCCACAGAUCAACCAUAAUCGGGUUUAACCGUCCAUCUCCAAACAACCCUAGCACAUUUGUAAAUCUUUAGCAUGAACAUCUAGUUGAGAAGGAUUUGCACUGGAAGCAUCAGACUGACGUAAAGUAAUAAUGAUGAUCUCCCACCUUAAGCUGCAUUGAUUAUUGUACUGAUGUGUGACUAAUGCAUUUGCUGCAUUGUACGUUGUCUCUGUUGUGUUUCCUGACUCUUACUUUUUUUUUUUUUUUGGCAGGGUUGUGCAAUAUGGUUCUGUUUUCAUUUCUCUAAUUUGUUGGGGGGUGAAAGCCCUCUUUACAUCUCACAGAUCAGACCUUUAACUUCAAUAAAAAUCGACACCUGACGAAUUCAUUCACAUGAAGGUGUCCCAAACCA